CAGCGACGUAAAAUAGGGAUGAUUCUGUCACUAGGCCACGGAAACAACGACCUCUUCGGAAUUACUCGUUCGAAUUUGUCUUUUCACCCUUGAUGUGAACCAGGUAGUUAUCAAAAACGAAGCAGCCCAUGAAUUUCGAACCGUUCGCACCAGAAGUUGACUGGAUACUUAUCGUCAUCGUGAUUCUUCUCGGCUUUAUCGUGCUGGCAGCCAUAAUCGUCCCCACAGCCGUAUGCAUCAGAAGAAAGUGGAGGAUAAAGCGUCUACAGAGAGCUAAACUGAGGUCGGAAAUAAACCCAGAACCUGGGGAAACUGGAGUCGAACCUAUGGAUUACGAAGUCUCUUGAGCUUUUCACAUGAAUGGGUGCAAACGCGGAACAAUAUCGGACUAGUUAGUUCAAAUGUGCAGAACUCUAAGGCACCUGUAGCCAAACUGUGCAAUAUUGUGAUUUUUUAUUCGAUAAAAAGUGGAGUAGAACAUGAA